AUGGGUCUCGCAUUUUCCAAGAUCUUCGACAAGCUUUGGGGAAAGAAGGAGAUGAGAAUUCUGAUGGUCGGUCUUGACGCCGCCGGAAAGACUACGAUUCUCUACAAGCUCAAGCUCGGUGAAAUCGUCACGACCAUUCCUACCAUUGGUUUCAACGUCGAGACUGUCGAGUACAAGAACAUUCAGUUCACCGUGUGGGAUGUCGGUGGCCAGGACAAGAUUCGUCCUCUGUGGAGACAUUACUUCCAGAACACCCAGGGUAUCAUCUUCGUCGUCGACAGCAACGAUCGCGACCGUAUCGUCGAGGCCCGUGAGGAGCUCCAGCGCAUGCUCAACGAGGACGAGCUGCGGGAUGCCAUUCUCCUGGUCUUCGCCAACAAGCAGGAUUUGCCCAACGCCAUGAACGCUGCCGAGAUCACAGACAAGCUUGGCCUCCACUCCCUGAGACAACGCGCCUGGUACAUCCAGUCCACCUGCGCUACCUCCGGUGAUGGUCUCUACGAGGGUCUCGAGUGGCUUGCCACCACCCUGCGCAAGGCGGGUCACCAGUAA